AUAAUACUAAAUAAAAAUACCUAUAUGUCAGAUAGAUUUCGCCGCUCUCUUCCUCUACGCGCUCUCUUUAAAACUCUCGUGUCGUUCAUUAGUUCGAUACAAAAUUUUGCUCACUAAUCGUAUUUGUACAUAUUAAUUUGAGUAAUGGAUUCAGAAGAUGAAAUUGAAGAUAAUCCCCAGUAUAAAGGUGUACCAGGUACGAUAAUUCUUAUCAAUGCUUUUAAUGAUUCAAACUUGACAUCUUUGGCUCAUGUUGUAACAUGUCGAGUAGUGAAGCAAUAUUUACGUUCAUCCAAAAAUAACUGUAUUGGUGUUUGUUAUUACGGGCUGAAGAAUGAUAAGGCGUCAAGUUUAAACAUACAAGAUGUAGUCGAGAUAUUUCCUCUUACUGUACCUACUGUGAAUGAUUUCGAGAAACUUCAAAAAGCAGAUAUAUCCACUUACGAACAAGCCACCGAACUGAAAAUAUCUGACGCUUUGAAGUUGUGCAAUAAAAUGUUCACCGACUGCAAAAAGCAGCUUUUAUCGAGAACAAUUGUUAUUCUAACUAAACUUGAUAUUCCACCUACAAAAUCUGAUCAGAAACCUAGUUGUAGUAGAGCUGUUGAUUUAGCCAGUUCUAACGUUGAAAUAAAAAUUAUUAAUAUCGCUGAAGAAAAUUAUAAUGUAGAUCCAUUUUAUGAAAAAUUUCUUAUUGAUGCUAAUGGUGGAAAAGAUAUUGUUUUGCCUUCACCAGUCAAUGAUUGUGAAGCAAUAGAAAAAUUAAUACAUCAGCAAUCACAUCGCCACUUAGCUGUUGCACAACUGACUUUUUCUAUUGGAGAAGGGUUUGAUAUUGGAGUGGGAGUGUACAAAUUGCUGGUGCAAAAUUCUUAUAUGAAAUCAACCAACUUAGCCAGAGAUAAAAACACUGUUGUUACUACUGUAAACAAAACAAUGAAGGUACCAAUAGAACCAAUUGCAACAUGUUCACAUCAAAUGGAUAUUGAUGAAGAACAACCAAAAACAGAAGUGCCUCUGUUGAAAUCUGAAAUUAUUUAUUAUCAGGAAUAUGAUAAGGAAAGAAUAAAUUUUACAGAUGAUGAAAAAAAAAGUAUGACUAAUCCAUUUGGUCCACCAAUGAUGAAACUACUAGGCUUCAAACCUGCUAACCUUUUGUGUAAAGAAAAGUGGUUUUUAAAACCUGGUUAUUUCUUAUAUCCUAAUGAAGAAAUCAUAGAAGGUUCUACAAUAGCUUUCAAAGCAUUGUAUCAAGCUUGUAUAGAAAUGUCUGUGGUGGCUAUAUGUAUUUUAUGCACAAGGGUGAACUCGAGACCUAACAUUGUAGCAUUAUCUCCUUGUUCUAAUCCUCUUGGUCUUAAUGUAGAAAUAGGUUUUAAUGUAAUCCAUAUACCAUAUAUUGAAAGUAUUCGAAACCUUCCAGUUCCAGAUAAUACUGUAGAAGAAAUAUUAGAUGAACAUAAAUCUGCAAUGAUAAAUAUAUUGAACUGUCUUAAAUUUGAAUAUAAGGCGGACAUGUUCGAAAAUCCCAAAUUGCAAACACAGUACAGAAAUAUUGAAGCAGUAGCUUUAUCAGAAGAAAAUGUUGAACCAUUUAAAGACACAACAAAACCUAAUCCUGAAAAGUUUCAAACAAUACGUGGAGAUUUGUUUGAGGAGUUGUUUGGUCCAUUUGGUGCAGUUAACUUAAAACGGUCAGUACCAAGAAAUCAAGAUCAUAAUGCAAAGAAACAAAAAUUAGAAGAUAUUGAUAAUAAGACACUGCUGGAAAGGUUUGAAGAUAAAAAAGUUAAUACCUACACAAAGCCGCAGCUAAUAAAUAUAUUAAAUUCUAUGAGUAUUCCAGACAUAGGUUCUAUACACAAAUUAAACAAAAAUGAGCUAGUUGCUCUGGUAUAUAAACAUUAUACUAAUUCUUCAUAAUUAUUGUUAUGAAUAGUGAGAUUACAGCCUAAACAGUAAUUGAAAUUUGGCAUAAAAAAUGUUAUUUUUUUUUUUAUUUUAGAAAUAAUGAUUGUAGUAUAACA